AGGCUAACUAUUAUUACUGAAGGCCUUAACAGUGCACGUGCUCUAAGUCAGUAGCAGGACACAGACCUGAUGACUAUACAACCAUGGAUGAAGAGGAAGCUCUGAAUUCUAUUAUGAAGGAUCUUGCAGCCCUGGGCAAAUGCGGGGGCUUCUUGGACAGCAACCGAAAUAAAAACCAUUCCAACAAACAGUUGCGGAAUGCCAGGAUCAAAUUUGAACACGAUGGAGAAAAAAGGAUUAUCCAGUUCCAGAGGCCAGUUAAGUUCAAAGAAGUUUUACAGAAAGUCAUGGAUGCUUUUGGACAGAUGAUGGAUUUGCAUUACGCCAGCAAUGAGCUCCUGAUGCCCCUGAAAACCCAGGAAGAUUUGGACCGGGCGGUGGAACACUUGGAUCUCAGCCCUUCCAUGAAAAGCUUGAGAGUGUUUGUGAAGACUCCAAAGGAAACAAGUCCCCUGCAACCUAAUAACACCAAGCAGCAUGAGAUGAGGAUAUCUAAAUCCAUGGGAGAUAUACUGGGAUCUCUGUACAAAGACAGCGAGAGGACACGAAAGCAUUCAACAGGUUCUCUGCACACUGGUCGGAGUUCUCCACCUCCUGGGAGUGUCCCUGAAGAGCAGCAGCAGAUCGCUCGCCAGGGAUCGUACACCAGCAUCAACAGUGAAGGAGAGUUUAUCCCUGAAACUAUGGACCAAAAUUUGUUGGACCCAUUUAUUAGCCCAGACGACUCACUUUCUGGUAGCUGUCAGUCCCUGGACAGAUCCAUAGACAGUCCACCUUUCAGCCAAACACCUGUUUCAAGAAGGAAGAGAGAAACCAAGGACAGCUUGGAGUGUUUAGAUUUCGAUAUUCCGUUUUGCGAGCGAGGGAAAGGCGGCACCUUCCCGAGGCAGUAUCAUCUCUCUCAGAGUCGCAAGGAUUACAACGACGGCCGAAGAACGUUCCCCAGAAGUUACGCUCCUCCAGAGAACCUGUUUCAGCUUCUGCCUUCCAGCCGAACCAAGAGUUACAAUGGAGACAACAAGCUCAUCACCUUGCGGUACGAGGAACGCGGGAGCAACAAGUGGUGGCACAAUUGUGACAAGAUCUUUCAAGGCUUUGGCUCUUCUCCUGCCAAGACCAGGAACACACUGCAGGCCCCAGUGAACUGGAGGCUUGGAAAGUUGUUAGGCCGAGGAGCUUUUGGAGAAGUCUACCUUUGCUACGAUGUGGACAUUGGACGAGAGCUGUCUGUGAAGCAGGUGCCUUUUGAUCCUGACAGCCAAGAGACCAGCAAAGAAGUCAAUGCCUUAGAAUGUGAGAUCCAGCUGCUUAAAACCCUCCGUCACGAGAGGAUUGUGCAAUAUUACGGCUGUCUCCGCGAUCCGGAGGAGAGGAAAUUGUCCAUCUUUGUGGAAUACAUGCCCGGGGGUUCUAUCAAAGACCAGCUAAAAGCCUAUGGUGCCUUGACAGAGAAUGUGACUCGUAAAUACACGAGGCAGAUCCUACAAGGGGUUUUCUACCUCCACAGCAACAUGAUUGUACACAGAGAUAUUAAAGGUGCCAACAUUUUGAGAGAUUCCGUUGGGAAUGUGAAACUAGGAGACUUUGGGGCCAGCAAACGCAUUCAGACCAUCUGCAUGUCUGGAACAGGGAUGAAAUCUGUCACGGGAACUCCCUACUGGAUGAGCCCAGAGGUGAUCAGUGGAGAAGGCUAUGGAAGGAAGGCUGACGUAUGGAGCUUGGGCUGUACCGUGGUGGAAAUGCUGACUGAGAAACCACCGUGGGCAGAAUUUGAAGCUAUGGCUGCCAUUUUCAAGAUUGCAACACAGCCAACAAAGCCCCAGCUUCCGGACGGGGUCUCGGACUACUGCCGCAACUUUCUCAAGCUGAUCUUUGUAGAAGAAAAGCGGAGGCCCACAGCAGAAGACCUUUUGCGGCAUCCGUUCGUGAACUUCAGCCUCUAGCAGGCCUUCCUGUUGGAAGAGAAGGGAGACCAAAGAGUUCGCACCCGAACAAAGGUGUGAGCGACAAAAGAGACCUGCAUGCUUCUCCAUUCAACCUCACUUGGGUUGCCCCUACCUGGGCUGUGUUGUUUUCCAUCAUGCCUCGUUGGCCAGGUCAUGUCUUGCGGUGCCUCUGAGCUGAACUUCCAUCCAUCUUGACCUUCUGGAUGAUCAGUGAAAAGGAGGCUUUGGGAAACAGGUGAUACCGCUAGUAGGGCUGUGUUGCCUUGUGAAUACUGGCAGAUUCUCUGCUUUGGGUAUCUUUCUGAUGAGAAUUGAAUGGAUUUGACCAGCCACUAAGGAACAAGAUGAAGGAAGUUGGUAAACUCUUGACCAGAACACUUGGGUAAACUUGCUGAAAUCACAAUACGCCCUUCAGAACUAGUUUGGUUGUUGAUUGCCAAUAGAUAGCUUUGAAAGGGGAGCUUAGAUGAACCACAUUUCCAGGAUCCUUUGAAAAAGGAAAAGCCAUGAUUCAUAGAGUCACUUACAGAAUAAUCACCUGGAACAGAAGGCUAGAGAAAUUUAGGAGCGUGGGGGGCUUUUCCAAAUCUUUGACCCUAAAAAGGAAGGAAAAAAAGUUACAUCCAAAUUGCUAUGUGUUGAAUAUUUUGUUGACAAUUCCCCAUGGUGGAGAUGGCAGUGAUCUGCUGUUGCUAAGUUUCAUGGCUUAUAUUUAGAAAUCUCCUAAAAACACAAAGUUGUUAAAGAUGGCAGACUCGUUCCUUGCUUCGCCCAGCACUAUUGUAAAAGGAUAAAUUCAAUAUCAAGGCUUCUGGGCAGAAAGUAUCCAAAAGCUCUUCCACCGAAUAGUAUUCUACAAUUAUUGACGUAUCGAAUAUCAGCAUUAACUUUAUUCAUGGGUUGGGCGAAAGGAUGGAUUCUUUUACUGAGUGAGAAAUUGCCCUUUCCCCCCCAAAUUAAUUUGUGAUCAACUUAUUUAUUUAUUUAUUUUUAAGCAAAGUAGAAACUUAUAAAAAAAAAAAAUCCAGUUUUCACAGGAGAAGAGGUUUCCCUACUGGGCGCACUGUUUAUCUCAGCCCGAUGAAGGAACGAAUCAUUCGAUCCAACGUGAUAAUGGACUCGGCUUAAUUUAGCAACAGCCCUACGCUUUACCAAACCCCCCCAAAUCACGUACAGAUUUCACACAUCAACACCGCCCCUUCGCUGUCCGGUGGCCCACGCGUACAAAUACUGUAGAAUAGGGGAAAGGACAUGGUAAGCAAGAUUAAAAUGUUUUCCGCCUUGGAAGAGGCGUUUCCAGGCGGGCAAGCUAGCUUUCCGUGCAAAAAUAUAUCAGACGAAGUGUGUCUGGAUUGGUGCAAAAAGGAAGAGAUCCACUAGGCUAUUAGCCAACCAGUGCUAAAUCAGUUUCUCUACCAUUCAGUUUCUGGGUUGAUCGAUGCUGCUAAUUGCUGGUUCGAAAAUUUCUCAGAAGCUAAUGAUUCCUGUGGUGGUGAUUAUUAUAUUUUCUUUCCCCACCGACCCAAAUUCUGAGCUAAGACCUGUGUAGUUGAAGUCCUUGUGUAUUUUAAGCAAAUGUGUGUAUCUGGCAUAUAUUUGCUUCUGCGCUGAUGAGAAAUCUAGCGAUGUAUCAUAUGGAGACUUCAUCCUUAGAAAACAAGAUUUUUUUUCCGGUGGUUUUGUUUGACUCUGCACUUCCCUAGCGCUUUCAGCAUCAAAUGCUCAAUCAGGAAAAGAAAGACAUUUCGUGGAUUACUUUUACGGUGAUGAAAACUAAAACAAGCAGAGACUGGACAAUGAAUAUUAUGCCUUUUUUGGCAAUUGUACAGUACAUUUGACUAUAAUACAAGCUGACCAAAGGCAUAAUUUACAUUCUGCUCUUUUUAAGGGAUCUAGAUGGAACAGUUUAAAAAAAAAAACACCGAUUACUAUAACGAAAGCGGUAAAACGGUGAUUUUGCUGAUCUUAGACACACUUGCAUAGUGUAUAUUCCACCAUUUUAAUGCACAUCCCGUCAUCCCCAGUACAUUGCGCAAUAUUAGUUCCAAUCCUUGCCUUCUGGAUUGAAUUCUCUAUCCAUUAAUGCUGGAAGAUAGAAAUGUUAGAAGAUUGAUGCUUUGGUUGGGUAGAACUGUGUAACACAACAGAGCAGUGUUUCUCAACCUUGGCAACUUGAAGAUGUGUGGACUUCAACUCCCAGAAUUCCCCAGCCAGCCUUCAGUUUGGGCAUUGACUGAAAUAUGUGAAAUUAGCUCAUUCAUCAGAGGUGAAAUGGAGAAUUUCUCCCCUCUCCCCCAUGGGAAGUAGCAUAUAAAUUGAAUAUCUCUCCUACACUGAAUCGUCAUGG